AUGACUCAGUGGAAACUUCGUUCAUUAGUUAUAUUAGUUGUCGCAUUUCUAGCAGGCCUUAUCCUAUUCAAUGCAGGUGCCUAUUUAAUGGGCCCUAAAAUUCAAGCUUUACCCUUUACUCCAACAAAUCGAGGUUAUUCAAUUAAAGUUAGCAACAUAUCAUUCAUUUCGUUACCUGUUUUCAUCGAAUCUUACCCUCUCGUUGAUAACACAUCAUAUUUAUCUAUAUUGUGUGGUGAAGAAGCCAAAAUUAAUGAUAAUAUAAUCUCUUUAACAAGCGAGUACAACAUUGGAUUACUUACGCUUUGCAAAGAUAUGACGGUAGAAGUAUGGCCGCGCAAUGAGAAGUGCGGUUUUUGGCUAAAACGAAAUCAACCAUUGUUUUCGUUUACAGUUAUCUUCUUCAGAAUCAUAUUUUUGGGUAUAGUAGGUGUUACAUUUUACCUACUAUUCUCGCAUAACAAGAAUUUUUCUAUUAUGCGCUCUACAUUGAUUACUCAAAUUUCAUGUUUAUUAAUUCUCGAUCCAAUCCAAUUAAUCUAUAACUUCAUACCAAGUAUAUCUAUAAUACAUAACAUUAUCUCGGCUCUUGGAUGGUGGAGAGCUUCGGCCGAAUUAUUUGCUGAAUACGCACCAUUAGUACGCACGCAAUAUACAUUUUAUCGGAAUGUGAUGAUAGCGCCAUCAGUUAUUUUACUAUUUACUACAGUUUUUCAGGGAUUAUGUAGGUAUUCUUUUCCGAAUUUCAUGUUUUUAUUCGGAAUGUGCGGAUUUUUGGUUGUUCCUGUCUUAUCCACAUGGUUUUUGUUUAAGGCAGGCAGUACUUCCGGUAAAUUUGCACUUACGAUACAUAUUAUGAGCGGAAUGAUCUCAUUAUCAGUUGCCUAUCUUAUGAAGAUACUUAGAAACUUCAAUGAUGAUUUCAGAGAGUCAAUUUUAUCCGAAACUCUCGAGAUUUCAUUUAUAGGUGCUUAUGCAUUAUUCCAGACCAUAUUCCAGACAGGAGAAAGCAAAGAUGAAUCUGCAAGACUUCUCCCUCAAGCUGUGAAUAGAUAUGACAAAAUUGACGAAUUAUUAGACGUAUUAGGAGAGAUUGGUGAUGAUGCACGCUUUGAAGCAGAUCCUGCUAAUCAUGAAUCUGACGAAGAAUAG